AUAUCUUAAAAACUUUUAAACUAAAGUUGUAUCCCCCAAAAUGGCUACCUUCUUUGGAUCUCCACCACUUUUCUCUCCUCCACUUACAAGAACUCACCACUUUUCUUCUUCCCAAACACCUCCUCCUCCUCAGCCACCAACUCCACCUUCUCAACCCCUAUCUCCUUCCCCAUCUCCACAGCUAAGUACAACCUCAACAGAGCCACUGUCCCCCGUCUCAGUAAAAGUACAACAGCAGAAGCCUACCAACCCUGCAACCACUUCAACUGCUGAUUCCACAGAUUGGAUAGCUUCCUCCUUAACCAGGAGGUUUGGGCUUGGUGCCGGCCUCGCGUGGGCUGCCUUCCUUGGCAUUGGUGUUGUCUCUGAACAAAUCAAAACCCGCCUUGAAGUUUCCCAACAAGAAACAAAUACAAGAGAUGUUGAGAAGCAAGAAGAGGUGCUAUUGCCUAAUGGACUAAGGUACUAUGAAUUGAGAGUUGGUGGCGGUGCUUCUCCAAGGCUAGGAGACCUAGUUGUGAUUGAUCUAAAGGGAAAUGUCGAAGGAAGCAGAGAAGCAUUUGUAGACACGUUCAAUGGUGACAAACAAAAGCCAUUGGCUCUAGUAAUGGGGUCAAGACCGUACACAAAGGGAAUGUGUGAAGGCAUAGAGUAUGUUUUGAGGUCCAUGAAGGCAGGUGGUAAAAGGAGAGUGAUUAUUCCUCCGAUUUUGGGAUUUGGCGAGCAGGGCUCUGAUUUAGGCUCUGGCGUUCAAAUUCCCCCGAACGCGACUCUUGAGUACAUUGUUGAGGUCGACAAGGUCUCCAUUGCACCAGCUUGAUUUUUAGUUGACGAGUGUCUGCAACUGUCAAAGUGAUCAUAAACAAACUACAUAAAAGUACAACAUUACAUUGCAUGUUCAUUCUGCUUAAUAUAUAGUGUUUUCAAUGAAUCCAUUGCAUUUGACAGUUAUUUGUGACUUUUAGAGAGUCAAUUCUGUUUUCUACCAGUCAAAUUUUGUCAAA